AUGAAUAGGCGAGGGACUGACUGAGCCCUCUCUUACGUUCCUCUCUUUUCACGAAAAAUGGCCGUAACAGUUAUUCUCAGACGUAUAUUUCCCCAAAACCCAAAACCCUUCAUCCCUCUCUCGCUACAGCGCCGCCCAUUUCUCUCCUCUGCCCCUUCCACUAACGCCCCUUCAGAACCGUCUUCGCUGUCCGCCCGGAUGCGCUUUGUCUUUGAUCAAAUUGACGCCAUCCAGGAGGAGCGGGUGGAAAAAGACCAGACACUCCAACGCAUACGCGCCUGGCGUGAAUCCAAGAAGUCAAGUCUAUCACAACCCCAACCCCACCCGCAAACGGAAGCUCAGGGUUCGGCUCCUGAUGAGUGGAAGGAGAUGGGUCCGGAGAAGGAGAAGUGUUCUGCUGUUGGUCAAGGCGGCUUGAUGGCUAAGCAGGUGGAGUUGGUUCACCCGUGGCCGGAGUGGGUUGAGCUUAUGGAGAGGCUGGUGCAGCAAAAUUACUUUGAUCAUAUGAGAAAAGACGAGGACAGGAUGAUUGCGGACUCAGGCUUCAGUGUUUCUGCUGUUGCAGAACAGGAAGGGCUCGACUUUACUAGGGAUUGGAAGACUGUUGAGACUGCUGUUCUCAAUUUUGGUCGCGACAGAUUUGAUGUCUUAAGGGCAUUGCCCCGACAGGAUAUACAAAUACUUGUUGGCUAUGGGUGCCCCAGUGCAGAUAAGAGGCUUGUUUUUUCAGCCAAACUAUUGAGGAAAUAUGUCCAUCUGGACGAAGGAGAUGUUUGUAGUUCCUGCAGUUUGAGGAGCACUUGUGAAAAAGCAUACCUACUCACAAAUAAGGAGGAUGAGGCUAGGACUAUUGAUGUUAUGCGUGUUCUAUUGGCUUAUGCCUUUGAUCCGGUGAAUGGUUCAGUUGCUAAUAAGUCUCUUUUGAAGAUGAAAGCUGUGAAGAGUGUUAUUCGAAAAUUGCUUCAUGAUGUGGUCAAGAUAAGUGCUGUUCCAAUAGAUCCAAAUCUUCCACCUCCUAUUAUAAAAAAGCCCCCACCCAAAGUCAAACAGCCACCACCUACUCCUAAGAAACGUGUUGGGCGUGAUGACGUUGAAAUGAAGAAAGGAGAUUGGCUAUGUCCAAAAUGUGACUUUAUGAACUUCGCCAAGAAUACUGUGUGCUUACAAUGUGAUGCCAAGCGUCCUAAGAGACAGCUGCUUCCAGGAGAAUGGGAAUGUCCCCAGUGCAAUUUCUUAAACUAUCGGAGAAAUGUGGCAUGCUUUCAUUGUGAAUGCAAGCGCCCACCUGAUGAUUAUACUGGAAGUCAACUUAAGGAGAGGCAAAAUAAUCGCAGGAUGGAUUUAGAUGAGAAGAUGCCAAAUAGGGUUGCUCGACACGAUGUCUCUAAUGCUUGGAAUUUUAACUUUGAUGAUGACGAGUCAGAUGGUGCUGAUGUCGCUGCCUUUGAGUAUGCAGAUUCUCAUAAACUAGAUGUUGAUUUUCCACUAGACAAGCAAGCACACAAUGCAGUUUCUAAGCCUCCAAGGGAGUACGAGACAGAUUAUUCCAGACCCCAGCAGCCAGGAGUAGGAUUUAAUGAUUUUGAUGAUGAGGAAGAUGAUGUUGACAGUUAUGAAGUAGAUACUCAAAAUGCCAUGCAUAAAAGUUCUCAAAUCAAUUACUCAGAUCUUGAAGAUAACUCUGAAGAUGAAGAUUUGGAUGCUAAUGAUAAUAAUAUGCUUGGUCGUCACCACAAAAACUCUAUGUCUGGUCGAAUUUCCAAGUCAAUGCCUGACAAAGCCACUUUGCCUAGCUCUGAAGAUUCUGACAUUGAUUUUGAUUCUGACAAUGAACGUCCAAUUUAUAAAAAAUGGAAACAUGGUCAUUUAUCCAGCUCUAAACAAAGAACGUUUACUAGGCAUUCUUCUAGUUUAGAUUCAGAUGACAGCGAUGAUGAUAUCAGAAGCCGACACAAGAAAGGAAUGAAAGCCCAUAGGGAGUUUGGGGGUAGAGGAAGCUCAAAUAAUAAAUAUGAGCAUUCCUCUGAUAUUGAGAGCUCUAAACAAAGAACGUUUACUAGGCAUUCUUCUAGUUUUGAGUCAGAUGACAGCGAUGAUGAUAUCAGAAGCCGACACAAGAAAGGAAUUAAAUCCAAUAGGGAGUUUGGGGGUAGAGGAAGCUCAAAUAAUAAAUAUGAGCAUUCCUCUGAUAUAGAGACUGAUGAUGAUGACCUAAAUUAUCGUAGAAGCAGGCAGAGAGGUCAAAGGGGCAGUUCCAGUUCUGCUGACUGCUGUGACAGGGUUUCUAAGACACGAAACUAUUUUGCAGAUGACUCUAAUAGGAGAUCAAGGGAAUUUCAUAGGAAUGGUAAGAGCAUUCGAGAUAAUAAAGACUGGUCUAGAACAGAUUCCAGAUGUGGUGAGUCAUCUAAGAAUUUGAGAAGUGGUAGAGGAGGAUUUUCUAAUUCAGGUCCCAGAACCAAUAAUUAUGGCAAUCAACCAGAUAGUUACUUAAACAGUGAAAGAUACAAGAGGCCAAGAGUAAAUGUGAGAUGAAAUCGGUACAUGAUGAUCAAGGCUGAUAGAUUGGCUUCUGGCUUUCAAGAUAGUUGUUCUGCACCUCUGCUAAAGCAGGCACAAGAAGCUAUGAAACAUGGGUUUUCCUUUAAGAGGUAAAUAUUGAGCACUUUUGAGUGUGCCUCCUAGAAAACUGCAUGUUUUAGGGAGGAAGCAGCUGGCAGAUUCACUAUUUGACGGACUUGGAAUGUUGCUAUUCUUUUUUUCGUGAAGUCCAAGCAAGGAGGAGAGUUUUAGUUAAGACUUGUUCACAGCCAUGGUUGAAUUAUUUAGCUGGGAUUGAUCUUCUCUCACCAGAAGUUAGUAGAGAUGAACUUUAGUAGUAGACCAUUCACCCUUUCAUGUGGAUCCCCUGUAUGCUUGAAGCGUAUAUAGGCCUGUGGUUUUUCCAUUAGCUCUUGACAAGGAUGUAUGAUAUUCGCCAAAGAUAGUAGAGAUGACUUUGUUGCGCAUGGAACUAAACUGAACCAAAUAGUUCUUGUUUGGUUGGAGAUCUUUAGAUGUAAGAGGGAGGAAAGUCGAACUAAACGAAUAAAAUUAUUUGAACCAUUUAAAUGAGGAUAUCUUUCCUUUAUAAAAAAAAAGAGGAUAUCUUUCCUUUAUCAAAAAAUGAGGAUAUCUUUUCCUAAUUAUCCUUUUUCAUGUUCUC